ACGGCAAUGUAGCAAAAAAGUUGCUUCUGCAAAAAAAAAAAUAAAAAUAAUAAAAAAAUAAUUUUUCAUGAAAAAAUAGUAAAAAACGAAAGAAAGUCGUUGUAAUUAAUGUCUGCUUCGCAAGUUGUGUGCAAAGUUGUAAACUGGUGCUAUUCUUAGCAGGACGACAUUCAAAACUUUCCAAAAAGUAAUAAAACAUAAAAUUAAGUGAUUACACGCGUGGAAGGACACCGCGCCAUAAAAUAUGAAAAAAAUUCUCUUUUUAGUUAAAAAUUGAAAAAAAAAAUAAUAAUAAAAAGAAAACUUAAAAUAAGUUCAAGGAUUCGAGAAUUUCCACGUGUGUACAAAAGUCAGUGUGUGUGACUAUUUUAAGCCAUAAAUAAAUUGACAUUGAGUCUCUACACUUUGAAACAUUGUAGAACUGAAAAUCAAACACUCGAAAAAGACUGAAUUACAUACAAAUAAAUGAGCACAAAAACCCUUAGAGUAUAAAAAUAAUUCGGUAUAAAUAAGUAAAAAGUAGCAGAAAAAUCAUGGUUGUGGUUGCUGGACUCAAAAUACGCAUACCCACAUAUCCGAAUUUCUUGCCGGUGUAUAAGAGGGGUAGAGGCCUUACUGGAUUGAAAAAUCUUGGCAACACGUGUUACAUGAAUAGUAUUAUUCAGUGUCUCAGUAACACACAGGCCCUGUACGAGUACUUCAACGAGGGAAUGUACAUUAAACACAGAAAUGGACAAAGUUUGACCAAAUGCCGUAUUGCGGAGGAAGUUGCUGCUGUGAUAAAAGCUUUGUGGGAAGGACAUCGCAUGAUUUCCAGCAAAGAUUUGAAAGCGAUCGUUGGGCAGUACGAACGCAGUUUCAAAGGUCACGAACAACAAGAUUCCCACGAAUUUCUGACAAUUUUGAUGGAUUGGCUGCACUCUGAUUUGCAGGCGAUUUUCAAUGUUGUGCCCGAAAAUAACCUGUCGCCGUCGGACAAAGCGUGGUACGAAUUCACAAAGAACCGCGAAAGCAUAAUUUUGCGCUUGUUCUAUGGCCAGAUCAAGUCGACGGUGCAAUGUUCGCGAUGCCACGAAGAAAGUACGACAUACGACACGUUCUCGAACCUCAGUCUCGAAUUGCCUCAGAAUGCGAAUCGCACGGAUUUGCACAAAUGUCUCGACAUGUACUUCGAAGGCGAACAAGUUUCCGGCUGGAUGUGUCCCAAUUGCAAAGACACACGAGAUGCCGUGAAAAAACUGGAUAUUAGUCGAUUACCAGCAGUUUUAGUAAUUCACCUCAAGCGUUUUAACGUCAAUCACGAUCACGGCGGCUACAGCAAAAAACAAAAUUACGUCGAAUUUCCACUGAAGAAUCUCGAUAUGAGACAUUACUUGCCACGCAGCGAAAUGGUGAAUCACGUGAACAAGAAAACCUCAUAUAAUUUGUACGCGGUGUCAAAUCACUACGGUACCAUGGAGACGGGACAUUACACCGCCUACUGCAAGAGUCCCGCAUAUGACAAGUGGUACAAAUUUAAUGACCAGCAAGUGAGUCCAUUAGAGCCACGAGACGUCAACUCCUCCGCAGCUUACAUUUUGUUCUACGAAAUGUCGAAUCCCGUGCGAUAGUUUCGGUGUCAUCGUCAAAAAUAUUUUAAAAUGUACUGAAUUUAUUAACAUAAUGUGCCUAAUAGUCUUUUUAUUAUUAAAAAAAAAAACGUUAUUUGAAAUAACCGCAUCGAGUUCCCUGCGCAUUUCCUUACUCUUAAACUUAGUUUUUAAUACAACUACGAAAUUUGAUGUAGAACAAAAAUAUUAUAAAGAAUAAAAACAUAUGAAUUGUUAAACGAAAUUGGUUUUUUUAAUUAAAAAAAUUAUUUUUUAUUAAAUUUAGGCCGCUCCAAAUUUUUUUUGAACUUUUUGUCCCAUGCCCCAUUUCAAAAGUCGAAAAUCCAAUGAGGCAAAAUAAAAAAAAAAGUUAAAAAUUUCAUUUAAAAAUACCGAUUUUUAGUGUAUUUUCAUGUUUUUUCAAGAAAUUUUUAAAAAAAUUAUCAAUUUUUAGUAAUUUUUGUAUUAA